AUGGCCCUGUCUGCAGCCCCACCUGACACAGACCUUAUCGCCCGCCUCUCAGCUACCCUCAACGAAGCAUAUGCUGAGGAAGAGAGUUUCUGGAGACAGCGAAGUCGUAUCCAAUGGCUUCAGCAUGGUGACCGGAAUACUGGCUUCUUUCAUGCGGUAACUAGGGGAAGAAAUGCUAUGAACAAGAUGUCAGUGAUUGAGAACGAAGCGGGAGAAGCUGUCUAUGGUGAUGAUAAGAUUUCCCAAGCUUUUGCCGAGUUCUAUCGCAAGGUAUUCACAUCCUCACCGCGUAGCGACCUCAGCUUCAUAUCUGAAGUUAUCACACCUGUGAUUUCGGAGGAGAUGAACAGCUCUCUUAUAGCCAGGCCGACGGAUGAUGAAAUUAAGACUGCAGUGUUCUCUAUCCACAAGGACAAAGCACCAGGGCCGGACGGCUUUUCGGCAAGCUUUUACCAUAGUUUCUGGGACAUUAUAGGAAACGAUGUGUGCAGCGAUAUUCGGAGCUUCUUUGACGCCAGUUGCCUUAACCCAAGAUUCAACGAAACGCAUGUACGCUUGAUUGCGAAAUCAAAAGGCGCUAAAAAGGUGGCGGACUAUAGGCCAAUUGCUCUCUGCUCUACACACUAUAAAAUCAUUGCUAAACUGCUUACCAAGCGCUUGAAGCCUAUGCUACCGGCUUUGAUCUCUCCUCAACAAUCGGCGUUUGUGGCAGGCCGAGCUAUCUCGGAUAACGUCUUGAUCACACACGAGAUGCUUCAUUAUCUACGGACGUCCAAAGCUAAGAAGUCCUGCUCAAUGGCCAUUAAAACCGACAUGAGCAAGGCGUAUGAUAGAAUUGAGUGGGACUUUCUCGACCAUGUACUCCAUUGUUUCGGUUUCCAUCAGGUGUGGCGAACCUGGAUUAUGCAAUGUGUUCAGUCUGUUUCCUACUCUUUCUUGAUCAAUGGAGAACCGCGAGAGAAAGUCUUACCCGAAAGAGGACUGAGACAAGGUGAUCCUCUCUCUCCAUAUCUGUUCAUUCUGUGCUCGGAAGUUCUCUCGGGCCUGUGUCGUAAAGCGCAAGAUAGUGGACUCCUACCCGGGCUGAAAGUGGCGCGCAACUCCCCUGCGAUUAACCAUCUACUCUUUGCGGAUGACACUAUGUUCUUCUCCAAGAGUGAUCCUUUGAGUUGCUCAUCACUUUUGGAUAUCCUAAGGAAGUAUGAGAUUGCGUCCGGCCAGUGCAUUAAUCUUCUCAAGUCGGCAAUUAUGUUCUCGUCAAAGACACCCGCGGCCAUAAGGAGUAGAGUUAAACAAGAUCUUGGCAUUGCUGCGGAGGGAGGCAUCGGGAAGUAUUUAGGCCUCCCAGAACACUUCUCCCGCCGUAAGAGAGACAUCUUCGCGGGAAUCAUCGAUCGGAUUCGGCAACGAUCCCACAGUUGGUCAACAAAAUUCUUAAAUGGAGCUGGGAAACAGGUGCUUUUGAAAGCGGUACUGAUGGCCAUGCCAGCGUACGCGAUGUCGUGCUUCAAGUUACCGCUUUCCCUAUGUAAGCAGAUUCUGUCUAUCCUUACCCGUUUCUGGUGGGAUAUGAAACCGGAGAUUCGCAAGAUGUGUUGGGUAUCUUGGCAAACCCUCACACGAGCCAAGGCGGAUGGAGGGCUUGGAUUCAGGGACAUAGCGCUCUUUAAUGAUGUGCUUCUGGGAAAGCUAGCAUGGCGGAUUAUGACGAACCCAGAGUCUCUGCUUGGUCGGAUCUUGCUUGGUAAAUACUGUCACUCCGCUUCCUUUUUGGACGUUACGAUACCGAGCUCUCCGUCACAUGGAUGGCGAGGAAUAAUGGCGGGUAGGGAGGUUGUUAAAAAGGGUUUUGGUUGGCUGAUAGGAUCAGGCUCGUCCAUUCCGGUCUGGGCUGCCCCGUGGCUUUCUCUCAAGGAACCUAUGGCGCCUAUUGGCCCAAGACCAUACCAGUCAGAGAACCUAAUGGUCGCAGACUUGAUCAUCCCUGAAACCAGAGACUGGAAUUUGCCUCUUAUUAGGACCACACUACCUCAGUAUGAGGAUUUGAUACGGGAGUUGAUUCCGGGUGAUCUAUCUUUACAAGAUGAACGGGUCUGGCUCUAUACCAAUACGGGAGAGUAUUCUACGAGGUCUGGGUACAAGCUCUUAACGAAUGAUGUACAGCCUCUAGACCAACAAUUCAAUUGGAUCACCAAUAUCUGGAAGCUAGAUACAUCGCCGAAGGUUAAAACAUUCUUGUGGAAACUUAAGAACAGAGCAUUGGCGUCGGGUUUUAACCUAGCUACCAGGGGAAUACUGGCCCCGACUGAGUGCAUGCGCUGUGGGGAACAGGAGACGGACCUCCACAUCUUUCUGCAUUGUCCCUUUGCUCAACGAACUUGGGAACUGGUACCUGCGAUGUUUAAACUUCCAUUGAUCUCCGCUCCUGAUAUCUCUUCCCUCCUUGCGAGUGGAAAGCGCUUGGUGAACCUACCCCCAUCGGGACUAAGCUGCCCCCUCUAUCCCUGGAUUCUAUGGUUCCUAUGGAAGGCUAGGAACAGAUUCCUAUUUGAAGAUCAUCGAAUGAAGGAGGAGCAGGUCGUUACUAUUGCACUCUCGGAAGGUCGCAAGUGGCAGGCGGCUCAGCAUCUGAAGAUUCAGGAAGCUAAGGGUAGACAACUUACUAAGGCUCCUAUAAACAUCGGUCGCUCUGUUGCAGGACUGGUCUGUUUUGUAGAUGCCUCUUGGCAGGUCUCAAAUCACCUCGGAGGAAUGGGAUGGAUCUUCAAGGACACAAGGUCGGGAUGGAAUGUGUCAAAUACCUCUAACCGCUCUCAUGUUGCUUCGGCUCUUUUGUCUGAAGCUCUUGCGGUCAAAGCUGCUCUCCAUGAUGCGGCGUCAAGGAAUUUCAAGACCUUGAGCUUAUGCUCGGACUCGAAAGUUCUAAUGGAUUGUAUCAACGCUCGAAAUCGAUGCUUGGAGAUUCAGAGUGUCCUCAAUGAUAUCUCUACUCUAUCUGCGUCUUUCGACUCUAUCUCUUUUUAUUAUAUCUCUCGCUCCUUUAAUGCUGAGGCUGACUCUCUGGCAAAGAGGAGCCUUUUAGAUCUUGUAAGCCAGCCUACUGAAGGCUGA